UAUUAAACGAGAUAAAAGGCCAUCCUCUAAAGAGAUAUUUAAUAUUAUAGAUACAUGGAAUAAUGAAAUUUUGAAUGGUGAAUCAACAGAAAUCGUGGCACAAAUAAAGAAGGCUGAUAAAAUACUUGAAAAAUUUUUGGCAUCUAAUGCAUCCUCAAAAGAUUCUGUCAAGAUACAUCCAGAAGCAAUUUACUCUAGCAGAUUAUUCGACCCUCUAAACAUCACUGAUAAUAAUAAGUUGUCUAACAACCUAGAAAACUUAAAGAACGAUGAGAGUUUGCUAAUUAAAGGUGCAGAGAAUGUUAUAAAUGAUGCUGAAAAGAUUAUGAGCAAAGAAUCUAUUAAUAAUAAAGAAUCUUCCGAGAUAGAUAACCUAGAGAAUAGCAAAA